CGCAAGGAAAAUUUAUCCAAACAAAAUCAUUAGAACCGCAAAAAAAACAUUAUCAUCAUCAAAACAAACAUAUACACACAGUGUAAAGUUACAGGUACAGCCCAUAUGAGCAAUCACUCCCACUAUGAGUGCAUGUUCCUUUUUUCUGUCUUCAUUUAUACUCCGUAUUAUUACUUGAGUGUUCUUUCUUCUUAGUUUAUUCCCACAAAUGUAUAACAGUGAGAAUCCCAUCCAUCCUUCCACUUUAUAAAACCUCUCUCUAUCUUUUGGUGGUUCCCUUCAUGCUUGGCACCAAACCUCCCUCCAAUAAUUGAUAUAGCCUAAUAAAUGAACGAACUUGGAGCUUCUUUCAGCCAUAGCUCGCUGCUUCUGGAUACUUCCAAUGCUAAUUGAAUGAUUAAAGAGUAACUGUUGGUCCUCCUAGAAAAUGGAAUUAGUUUUCCUUUGAGAGUUUUCUGGUGUUCAAUAAUGGCUGAAAUUAGAGUUACAAAGGUAGAGCAACAAGGUCAAACAAAAUUCAAGAAUGUUCCAAUUGCAGUCACCCCAGAGGGUUUCUGGUGUUGUCCCUCACCAGUUGUGUUUCAAAAGGCUUCCAAGCCAAACAACAGUCUAAACAAGCUCAAACCAUCUCAGAAGACACAAACACCCACACCCGAGAAAAAACCCAUUCCACAACAUAGGCCGAGUGUUGUUUCAGAGGAACCAAAUGUCAGUGUGCCCGUUGAAACGGAUCUGACCCCUCAUCCGAAGAUCAUGAAUGUUCCCAAGAAAGUGUCUAUUGAGUUUGGUGAAUCAGGAAGCAGUGACCUUAGAGUGGUUUUGAUAGGGAAACAAGGGCUUGCUGUAAAGUUGAAUGUGCAUAGAGAUAUUCUUGCAGAGAAUAGUAUGUUCUUUGCCAGUAAAAUAAUGUCUGGACAAGAACCAGUUCACCCGUGUGUUAUUGAGGUUGAUGAUUGUGAUGAUGUUGAGAUAUAUGUUGAAACUGUGGGACUGAUGUAUUGCAGUGAUUUGAGGCAGCGUCUGAUCAAACAAAGCGUUUCACGUGUUUUGCGGAUUCUCAAGGUCGCAGAACAUAUUGGCUUCAGAACCUGCAUGCAAUCGUGCCUAAAAUACUUGGAAGCCGUCCCUUGGGUUGGCGAAGAAGAAGAACAAAAAGUGGUGGCUUCAGUCGUACGCCUCCGAGGAGAAGGAAUGGGAGUGAACCCGGUCUUGAAACGGGUAUCGCCCGAAAUCUCAAAACCUCCCAAAGACACGCUUGCUCACAUCCUCACGUUGGUGCUCAACAGUGAUGUGGAAAUAGGGCGGCGUGAGAUGAAAUCCAUAGUCCUGAAACUCCUCAGAGAAAACAACGACACUCUUCCCAAUGAGAUUCUUUACAGUUCAUGCAGAAGCUGUUUGGGCUUGUUACUGGAUCUGUUCAGACAAGAAGAAGACGAACCGGAUGGUAAGAAGAUCGCCCUACACGCUGAUAACCUCACGUGGAUGUUUGAAAUGUUGAUUGACAGGCAAUCGGGGGAUGGUUUUACGGAAAUGUGGGCCAGCCAGGAUGAGAUGGCUUCAUUGCAUGCAAAGCUCCCCACUGUGGUCCGUCACCAUGUGAGCUUUAUCACGGGGAGGGUGUUUGUUGGGAUAGGAAGAGGUGAGGUUCUGCCGUGUAAAGAGACCAGACAGCGUUUGUUGGAGACGUGGUUGGAGCCAUUGAUGAAGGACUACAGGUGGCUGCAGCAUGGGUCCUGCAGGUCGUUUGAUCGAAAGGUGGUGGAGGAAGGGAUCGGGAGGACGAUCUUGACUCUUCCUCUGGAGGAGCAGCAGAGGGUUUUGCUUGUUUGGUUGGAUUGGUUUCUCAAGGCGGGGGAUAAUUGCCCCAACCUUCAGAGAGCGUUUGAAGUGUGGUGGCGCAGGACUUUCAUCAGACCCUUUACGGAUUCCCAAAGUAUGGAGGCCAGCUCUGCUCCUGCUGCAUCAGAUGCAUUACUUUCAGUAGUUUCUGAAAACUGAGAAACCCACACUGGUGGAGGCGCGGGUGGGUGGUGUUAGUCUCUCCUUAAUUAAGGGUUGGUCUAACAGGUGACAGAAUUGUAGGUAUGAUCAUCAUUUUAUUGCUUGCAUGUUGAUUGCUUAUUGGCGAUAUGUAUUUAAAUUUAUGUAACAUAAUAUGUACUUGAUUGAAAGGGAUGGUGUAUUUUUAUAUGCUCCCAUUGGAGUGAAUCUACUAUAGUGAAUUUGGUGAUUGUUUGAGUGAAUGUAAUAUAAAAUGCAUGCACAACAAA